CCAGGUCUUGCUGCCGCGGGCUGCGUCUGGGUGCGCGGUGUGUGGCGGCGGCGCGUGGUGAGGGGCUGAGUGUGGCGGAUCGCGCGCCGCUCCGGCUCAGCCAGGAAGCCCCCGCCUCCGCUGAGCCUGUUUUCUUUCUCUGUCGAAUCGGAGCACGCCCCGCACGGGACACCCCAGGCCCUACUGCGCAGCCCGCCUUACCGGCCUGGGGACGGGUAUCGCCUAUUGGGACGCCACAGAGCGGACUCGGGGAUCCCCACCGCUGCAGGCCCUGGUGCGUGACUGAUCCUCCGGCUCCCAGAGCCCCCUGCCCAGGCCGGGAUGUUUGUCCUCGUGGAGAUGGUGGACACCGUGCGGAUCCCCCCGUGGCAGUUUGAGAGGAAGCUCAACGAUUCCAUUGCCGAAGAAUUGAACAAAAAGUUGGCCAACAAGGUCGUGUACAACGUGGGACUCUGCAUCUGUCUGUUUGACAUCACCAAGCUGGAGGACGCAUACGUGUUCCCAGGGGAUGGUGCAUCACACACGAAAGUUCACUUUCGCUACGUGGUGUUCCAUCCGUUCCUGGACGAGAUUCUGAUCGGAAAGAUCAAAGGCUGCAGCCCGGAGGGAGUGCACGUCUCCCUAGGGUUCUUUGACGACAUUCUCAUCCCUCCGGAGUCGCUGCAGCAGCCGGCCAAGUUCGACGAGGCAGAGCAGGUGUGGGUGUGGGAGUACGAGACGGAGGAGGGCGCCCACGACCUGUACAUGGACAUCGGCGAGGAGGUCCGCUUCCGGGUGGUGGACGAGAGCUUCGUGGACACAUCCCCCACGGGACCCAGCUCGGCUGAGGCCGCCUCUUCCAGCGAGGAGCUGCCCAAGAAGGAGGCUCCGUACACACUCAUGGGAUCCAUCAGCGAGCCGGGCCUGGGCCUCCUCUCCUGGUGGACGAGCAGCUAGCCCUGCGCUGUGAGCACGGACCCUGCCCGGCCCUUGGGAAGGAGGCGCAGCUGGCCCUGAAGACCACUGCCACUGGUUCAGGCGAGGAGCGGCCUGCACCCUGCCAGGCUGUCCCCUCCCCUGCCUCUCCCAGAGCUACCCGAGUGCCACAGUCCCCACGGACUUCUGCCCAUUGGUGACAGCAAAGACAUUUAAUAAAUGAAGACGGCAUCACCUGGGAGAGCCGCCCUUGUCUCAGUGAUCUACAGUCACCAAGUUGCCACAGCCAGGACAGCACGUCCUUCCUGACCCCAGAUCACAUCUAGAGAUGACCCAGAGGUGGACUUCGGGGUGAAAGGUCCCGGCCAGCUCUGGGCCAGCUGAUCCUGGCGGCUCCACAAGUAGCCCAGAGAGCAGGAGGCUGGUCCGGGACAGCUGCCGGGUGCUCGUCACCUGACCUUCACGGGAAAACCUUCCUUCCCACCGUCGUUUGGAAGGUGGGGCCUGGACUCGGCCAAGCAGCUCCAUCAGGAAGUGGCAGCGCUGGGCUUUCGUGAGCCGGGGGGUGAGGGCUGGUGACCCGCUGUUGUUGUUGUCCGCCCCCGCCCCGCCCCAGCAGUACAGCGGGAGCCUUGGGCCAGCUGUCACUUUGCGACCUUGGCCACACCAUGAACACGCUGUGGGUCUGUCUGCUUGUGCUUUGAGAACCUGGAGGCGGGAAAACGCCUCAUCAUUUACUCAACAGAAAGGCUUUGCCAGAUUCCUCCUGCCCCUCCACUCAUUUCUGCCAGAAACCUCUCUUGGGACCAGGACAUGGUUUUAUAUCCCCCACUGGACGCCAUGUUUCCGUCAGGCAAGUCUUGUCCUGAUGAAGGGGUCGCCGUGGAGCCUGCCUCCGGCCCCGGCCUUUCGGCUCACAUGGACAUGGGUCUGGAGCUGUGGGUGGUGCCAGUGGACGGCGCUCCAAGGAGAGGAGCCGUGCCCGCUGCCGCCCUGUGCCAGGGGAUGGGGGCAGGGCACGUGGACUAGCUGUGACCUUGGACGUGGUGGCCUGUCUGUACAACAGACACACACACUGCAUGUCUGAAGGGCAGCUCAAAGCCCAGGGGAAGGGGGAGGCUCCAUGUUGGGCCCAACCCCCCAGGCCCAUCAAGGAAGCUACUGGAAUGUGGGGAUGGGGAGGGGAGGCUGCCCCGCAGGCAGUGGGGCUGAAAAACAAACGCUGUGGCGUGGCUCUGGGGGCCCCCACUGACUCUGGCUGUGAAGGAACCCCUCUGCCCCUUGCUGGAGCUGGUAACAGCAGACACCACCACUCACACAGCCAGUCACUGCAUGUGAAUUCUUAUUUUCCUUAUAAGAGCAAAAGGACUUUUUUAAAUCCUUUAGCCACCAGUGAAAUGAACAGGCAGGAGAAAAACUUUAGAUGGGCGUCUGUCAUCAAAAAUAAAUACAGUUGCAUGAA